UAGUUAAAUAAACGUAAAAAUGGAAACUUCCUUUUCUUCUUCGUUCUUGGCAAUGAUUUUCGGCUUCAACUAGCUACGGAGCAAAGAAUGGUGAAGCGGCGGAGAUAGAGAGAUCUGUGUUGUUCUCUUUACAUCUCCAUAGCUUCUUCAUUCAUUCAAUCUCUCGUUGAACAAAUUCGGCUAAUCGAGUUAAAAAAAAAUGGAGACUCUGGCAAGUGAUGAUGAUCCUGGAUUGAUUGAUUCGGGUGUGUAUCUAAGGCUAGGGCUUCUUAUUGCAGAGAAGGGCAACAAGCGUUUGCAGAAGAAGCAGCCACCACCCGCACUUCUCUCACGUCUCGCUUCAUCUCUCGAGAGAUCUAUCUCGUCUCCCCCAGAGUCUGCUGCUGCUGCUGCUGUGACCACCGUCUUUGACGGUAGAUCUCCCCCCGAGAUCACCAUUUCAGACUACUUGACUCGCAUUUACAACUACUCUCGCUGCAGCCCUUCUUGCUUUGUGGUCGCCUACAUCUACAUUCAUCAGUUUCUCCACCUCACCCGGUCUCACCUCACCCCUCUUAAUGUCCACCGCCUUCUCGUUACAAGUGUCAUGUUAUCUGCCAAAGUCUUCGAUGACAGGUAUUACAACAAUGCUUACUACGCCAGAGUAGGAGGUGUGAGCACGAGAGAGCUCAACAGAUUGGAGAUGAAGCUCUUGUUCGCCCUUGAUUUCAAGCUUCAGGUUGAUCCUCACACCUUUCACUCCCACUGUUGUCAUUUAGAGGAACACAACAGCAGCGACGACGACGGCUUCCACAUCGACUGGCCUAUAAAAGAAGCAUGCCGACUCAGCAAAGAGUCUUGGCGUAAGGCCACACCAGAGUCUGUCUGCUCUCAAACCACUGCACGCUGAUCAGCGAGGAUUUCAUUCGCGUGGCAACUGUAAGAAUAGGGUUUUUUGGUUUGUGUGUUUUUUGGUAGUGUGAUCAAUCAUUCUUUUGCACAAUUUGAUUCUUGUGAGCAUCAAAAAUUCACAAACCUUUAAAAUUUUGUCUAGUAUAAAGUUUCUAAAAUUCUCACGA